CAUGCGUUAGCCACGCGUGUCGAAUAUGGCGACGUUGCUUCGUCCGUUGCGACGCGUGUCGCCGUUCGCACGGCACUUUCGCGAUGUCACGCGUGCGUACGCCUCGUGGCGCGUCGACAGUGGCCUGAGGAAGUUCCAGAAGGGUGCCGGGCUGUUGGCCGCCGCUUCCGUCACGUUCCUCUUGGCGCAGCAGUGUUUACGACCGAAGCUGGUGCACGCCUUGAAACCUCGCAAGAGGGAGGAUGAUUUGCAUAAAGCGGUGAAGCUGACGACGAGGGAGCGAAGGUUCAUAAAGUUCGCAUCAGUGAGAUAUGAUGGCCAGCUCUACAUGACCCCGCAGGACUUUCUCGACAGCGUCAUUGAUUCCGAACCUCGACCGAGACUGAAGAGGCGCGUGCUGUCCGACCUGGAGCUCGAAGUCAUGCGAAACUCUAAUCCUUCGCUGCGCCAUGGAAGCACGCACAUGUUCCGAAAUUUACGAGAUAGAGGAAUAAUUUCCUACACGGAGUACUUGUUUCUACUAUCUAUCCUGACAAAGCCAAAAACUGGUUUCCAAAUCGCCUUCAAUAUGUUCGACACCGACGGGAACGAGCGAGUCGACAAAACUGAGUUUCUCGUGAUUCGUCGUUUACUCGGCGGCAGCCUGAAGCAACGGGAUCUCGACGAGCUGACGAGACGUGCAUUACGUUCCAUAAUUGCUCCGAGCGAAGACAUUCUAGACAAACCAAAGCUUCGUGAAGCUCGUCCAGUUAAGACAAAUGAAAUCAUCUCGAAUUCUUACAUGGAGAAAGUGUUUAGUCACGCGUGGAGGGGCCGCCAUGGGUAUGAGACCAAAGAGGAAUUGGAACAACUGCAGGAACGUCAGAAAACACCGGAAGAGAUUCAAGGCCAAUUCAUCGACGAUGAUCAGGGCUUACAACGACGUCAUGCUGUGGACACAACCUUAAUGAUACAUUUCUUCGGCAGAGAUGGUACUAACGAGUUGAGAUACGAAGAUUUCAAACGCUUCAUGGAGAACUUACAACACGAAAUAUUGGAGUUGGAAUUUCACGAAUUCAGCAAGGGGCAUGACACGAUCAACGAAUUGGACUUUGCUAAAAUUUUGUUGAGAUACACGUACCUCGAGCCUGACGAAUACGAUAAAUACUUAGACAGAAUGAUGGACCGAGCGGAAUUGAAUAUUGGCAUCACAUUCGAGGAGUUUCGUCGCUUCUAUCAAUUUCUGAACAAUCUGGAUGAUUUUUCUAUAGCAAUGCGAAUGUAUACGUUGGCCGACCACCCUAUAUCUAAAGACGAGUUUCAACGAGCUGUGAAAAUAUGUACGGGAACGGUGCUCUCGACGCACAUAAUCGAUACGGUCUUCGCAUUGUUCGAUGAAGAUGGAGACGGCCAACUUUCUUACAAGGAAUUCAUCGCAAUCAUGAAGGAUCGAUUGCACAGAGGGUUCAAAUCUCAACAACGCAAUGAAGGAUGGGAAGCAUUCAAGUUCUGCGUAAAACAAGAAAUGAAAGCACCUUGAAGAAACAAUCACCAUAUAAAGAAACGGGAGAACAAAGAAGAUACUUACUAAAUCCUACAGCUCCUAUAAUUGUGAUAAUAUCGAAAAUCGUUUGAUCGUAUUUUAAUUUAUCGUUUUCCUACUCGUAUUUAUUUAUAUGAUUCCAAUAUGUACAAGUACUUUUUACCUAGUAUAUAUAAUCAAAUCUAUAAAAACAGAAUACUAAUGCAGUGCCGUUCAAAUAAUCACAAUGUGUACAUAAGAAAAUAAUUCUUGACUUAGAAGUGGACUUUAUUCGUUUUGCACAAGAAAUUCGAUCAUACAGAAUAAUCACACAUUUUCUCAAUAGAUUAAAAAAAGAUAAGAUCAAAAAAAGAUUAUCUGCUUUUCUUUGAGAGAUUUUUCUGAGAUUUGUUAAUAUAGAAGAAAUAUUAUCACUUGAGAAAACUUGAAAAUGAAAUAAAAUAAUAAGUUUCUAUAUAA